UUAUACUUUUACUCCACUACAUUUAUUUAUGUGACAACUUCAGUUACUUUCAGAUUCUGAUUUUACAAACAAAACAUAUGAUCAUCUUAAAAAAAAAAACAUUUGUUAUAAACUAUACAAAUUAAAAUUAGCUCCACCUCGACCAAUAGGCAGUCUUACGUAUUUCCGGUGAAAUCUCAGGCUGCUUGACAACUUCCGCCGAGCGCGCAACCUAAUGCUAGCAUAGUAACGCUAGUCAUGUAGCUAGAAAAACGGCACAAACUACAUCUGUUUACUACUAUUUUUCUAUUUUUAUCCCCUUUUUUUGUUGUGAGGUUUGUGUUACGUUGAGCCAUGAGCGCAAAACGUCUGAAUGUAGUCAAAUUGCAAAGACGAGAGGACAGCAGUAACAGCCACCACUGCUGUGUCCCGCUGUGUACAGCGUCUGCCAGGUUCAACUCCGUCCUCAGUUUCCACUCGUUUCCCAAAGACAAAGAACGGCAGAAGAGCUGGGUAGUUAAUAUCCGACGAAACAACUUUACCAUAGCUACUCACAUAAGAGUCUGCAGCCGACACUUUCAGAGUACAGACCUGAUUGAGGCUCCAACUCCAGCCGGGCGUAGACGUCUGAAAAACGGGGCUGUCCCGGUGCUUUUUCACUGGAACAACUUUACCCUGCCCGCCCCAACGAAUACAGACACAGCCCAAAAUAAGGAUCUGUCUAUGGAUGUAGCUCUUCAACAUCACGACUACUGCUCCACUGCUGCACUUGAUCUGUCCCUGGACCACACUGAGGAUAACCGAGUGGAGACAGUCAGGUUACAGAAACAAAUGGAGGAAACGGCUAUCAGCAACAAGUUCGGCUUGGAGCGAUUUGCUGCUUCCGACGACGACAUAAGGUUUUACACGAGGUUUGCAACUCACGCUCACCUGAUGGCCUUUUGGAGACAGAUAGAGCCAGCAACACAAAAGAUUAUGCCUGUGACGAGGGCAGGGGCCGCAGAUAAGACUAAUGAGGUCCCUCACACUGGCAAUGCAACGUCUCUGCAACCCAUUGAUGAGUUUUUUCUGUUCAUGGCCUCUCUGUCGUUGGGUCUGAUGCAGAAAGAUCUGGCCUACAGAUUCAAAAUCGACCAGUCAGCGGUGAGCCGCAUCAUCACAACAUGGGCUAACUUACUUUAUUCUGUACUUGGUGCUGUGGGCAUUUGGAUGUCUGAGGAAGCAGUAAAGGCUCACCUGCCAGAUGUUUUUCAGAACUACUCUGAUACACAAGUGGUGUUGGACUGCACUGAACUGCGUUGCCAAACGUCAGUGUUUUCUACCAAUAAAUCCCACUGCACCUUUAAAGGGUUGAUUGGUGUGGCCCCUCAUGGGGCAGUAACAUUUGUGUCAGCUCUUUAUGCAGGCUCCAUCAGCGACAAAGAGAUCCUGAUGCAGUCUGGCAUUGUGUCCCUCCUCAAACCAACAACAGCCAUCAUGGUAGACGAGGGUUUCCUUGUGGAGGACUGUGUGCCCUGCAAGAUCUACAGACCUGCCAUCUUAGCCAAGAGAGCACAAGUGUCUGUGCCAGAGGUCAGCGAGACACAGUCUAUCGCAAGACUGAGGGUCCAUGUUAAGCGACUCAUUCAAAGGGUGAAGGAGCACAAGAUAUUCAGUACAGUGAUCCCUCUUUCAGCCACAGGUAGCAUCAAUCAACUCUACACAGUUGCCUGCCUCUUGGUUAACUACCAAAACGGGCCCUUAGUCAAAGCUGGGUAAGCUGGGCAAUAUUACCAAACUGAAAUAUCGUAAUAUUUUUGAUUGAAUGGUUUAAUAUCAUUGGCUGGCAGUGGCUUAAAUCUGUUUACGUAAUAAGCCCUACCACAAUGUAAAAAAACAGUCACAAGUAAAAGUCCUGCUUUCAAAAUGUUGCUGAAGUAAAAGUACAGAAGUGUUGUCAGUAAAGUGUCAAAAGUACUAUGAGUCA